CCCCCAGGAUGGAGCCCCCGACCUGCGGCAGCCCCGGAGAGUGGCACCGCUCCCCCCGGCACUGGCGCUCGCUCCUGCCCGAACUGUCCCAGUUGGUGCCAUGGCCCCGCGGCGGGGGAGGGGCACGAUCCGAGGUUCAGGUGCUGCAGAACGUCAUCUCUUACCUGGAGUUCCUGCAGGAGCGCGUGAGGGCGGCGCGGGCGGCCGCAGGCCUCCCCCCUUGUGGGGACCCCUCGGAGCCGCCCCCCCCAAACCUUGGGGACACCGAGCCCAGGGAGGAAGAAGAGGAGGAAGAGGAGGAGGAAGAGGAGGAUGAGGAGGGGGAGGGGGACACCAGUCCCUGGCUCUGCCAAACUGGGCCGGACUGGGAGCCCCCCCUGAGCCCCCCCCAGCCCCGGGGGGGGGUCCUGGGGCUCAGCCCCUCCCUCUUCACCCCCCCCGAGCCCCCCGAGCCCCCCGAGGGCAUCGUCAGAGAGCUGUUCCCGGAUGCGCAGCUCAGCCCCCAGGUGGGUGAGGUCCCCUCGGUGUCACCUCUGUGUCACCUCUGUGUCACCUCUGUGUCACCUCCGUGUCACCUCCGUGUCACCAGCCCCCGUGCCAUCCCCGGCCUGACCUCCACGGCCGCCACGCGGGACCUGGCCCAGCUCUGGCGCAGCCUCAGCCCCGAGGAGCGGCGCCCAUACUGCCGGCGCGCGCGGCGCUUCAGCCUCCAGCAGGGCCGGAUGGUGCGGCCGCAGCGCGGCAGCGACAGCGACGGCGACGACGGCGACGCGGCCGCGCCCCUGAGGCUGCUGCUGGCGGCCCGUGCCCCGCCCGGGGGGGACCCGUGA